AUGACAACUCUUAAGGAAUUUUCGAUCCACACUAAUUCUUUUGGUGGCUCCAUCCCUAAAGAAAUAGGUAACAUGAAGUUCUUGAUGACACUUAGUUUACGUAAUAACAACCUCACUGAAAUUGGAAAUUUGGGAACGUUACACAACCUUCAUCUUUAUGCCAACCAACUCUCCGGAAGUAUUCCUAGAGAAAUUGGAAACUUAAGCAACUUACUAGUGCUUGACCUUAAUUCCAAUAAUCUUUCUGGUUCAUUUCCUGCUUCCAUAGGAAACAUGAGCAGUAUAUCCAGUAUUUAUCUUUAUGACAAUAGUCUUUCUGGACAUAUUCCCAGAGAAAUUGGAAACUUGGCAAAUUUACGGGAUCUUCAGCUACUUACAAACCAAUUUUCUGGAAAGAUACCUACAGAAAUAGAAAACUUGGUAAACUUAAGAACUCUUUUGAUUUCUAAAAACCAAUUUUCUGGAAAGAUUCCAAGAGAACUAGGAAACCUGAGCAACUUAGAAAUUCUUGACCUCAGUUUCAACAAUCUCUCUGGCCCACUUCCUACUUCCAUAGGAAAGUUGACCAAUCUCAGUGAACUAGUUUUAAUCCAAAACAAGCUUAAUGGCUCUCUUCCGUCAACAAUUAACAACUUGACUAGCAUAAAGAAUUUGCAAUUGGCUAUUAAUAACUUCAAUGGCCGGUUGCCGCAGCAAAUAUGUGGCAGUGGGUCACUUAAGGCUUUUAGUGCUAGUGAAAACCAUUUUACAGGCCCAAUUCCAAAAAGCUUGAAAAACUGCAGUAGACUUGUUAGACUUAGGCUGCACAGAAACCAACUCAUAGGAAAUCUAACAGAAGCUUUUGGUUUCAUGCCACCUGAGCUUGGUAAGGCAACUCAGCUACAUGUACUUGAUUUGUUCUCAAAUCAUCUAUCAGGAAAUAUUCCAGAGGAACUGGGAAGUUUGAAGUUAUUGCUCAUACUUAUGCUAAGUUGCAAUCAGCUAUCUGGAAAGAUUCCUCACAGUACCGGAAUGCUAGCUGAUCUGGAGAAUUUAAACUUGGCAUCAAACAACCUAAGUGGUUCCAUUACUAAAGAACUUGGAGGGUGCUUGAAGUUGAUAACAAUGAAUUUGGAAAACAAUAAAUUUGAGAGGAGUGUUCCUCGGGAGAUAGCUAAUAUAUACUCACUUGAAAACCUUGAUCUCAGUUCAAAUUUGCUAAGUGGAAAGAUACCACCACAGCAUGCACAAUGA